GACAUUUAUGUUUCCUCCUAAACGAGUAAACGCAUUAACGUUGCUAUGCCGAGUCUUUGAGGGUUUUUUAGGUCUCUCAGUUUACUUUUUUGUUAAAGAAUUGUGAUAUUUUAUAUAAUGGCUUCUACUGCAAGCAUGUCAAACAAUGUGGAGAACCUCUCCCCACAAAUAAUAAGGGGAGUUGUGAGGGAAAUGCAGGACCUAGUCACCAAUCCACCUGAAGGAAUUAAAGUGCAAAUUAAUGAAGAAGAUGUUAUUGAUAUACAAGCUUACAUAGAUGGACCUGCAGGUACACCCUAUGUGGGAGGGUUGUUCAAAGUGAAACUCACCCUUGGUAAAGGAUUCCCUACUGAACCACCAAAGGCCCACUUUCUUACCAAAAUUUUCCACCCUAAUGUUGCACCCAAUGGGGAGAUUUGUGUAAAUACACUCAAAAAGGAUUGGAAGUCUGAUCUCGGAAUCAAACACAUCUUACUAACUAUAAAGUGUCUUCUAAUUGUUCCCAAUGCUGAAUCUGCAUUGAACGAAGAAGCGGGAAAGUUGCUGUUGGAGCAUUAUGAUGAUUAUUCACAAAGGGCAAAGAUGAUGACAGAAAUACAUGCACAGCAACAUAAGUGCAAAGGAUUGCCUGGGGAGGGCCCAUUGGCUAAAAAACAUGCAGGGGACAAAAAAUUGACUGCAGAGAGGAAAAAACUCAUGAAAGACAAAAAAAGAACUUUGAAACGAUUAUGAGGUUAUAUCAACAUUUUACUAUGUACACAAAGAAUUUUAGAUUUUUCCAUUAAAUGUUUAUUUGAUUUUUUAAGUUUCAAGAAUUGAUUUUUUGUUGUGAAUGCAUUAUAUGCUGGAGACUAUUUUUUUUUUGAGUUAGUUCUAUUCCUAUUUCAUGCAAUCAAACAUUAAAUGUUUACCCCAUUUGAUGUACCUAACUAAAACCAAUAAGUUCGAUUUACUAUAUAUAGUUUUUUUAUUGAAGGGAACGUGAAUUAUUUAAAUUAUGAUAGUCAUUAUAUUUGUUAGUUUUUAGUCUCACCUCAUUGUAUUUUAAUUGUUGAGUUAGAUAAUGAUUUCUUGUGUAUAGGUGUUUGAACUGAAUGUAUGUUUUAAAUCGUAAUGUUUUAUUUGAGAUUUUAUUCUUCAACUCAACUGAACUGUAAAAGCUUAAAAACAAUGAUAUUUGGAUAAUUUUCUCUUGUAAAAGCUUAAAAACAAUGAUAUUUUGAUAAUUGUCUCUUGUAAAUAGUCGCAUUUCGAUUCAACAGUUAUUUUCAAACAUACUUACUGUGCAAUUAUUGCUCUUUUUAAUUGAGUACCUACGUUUUUCACACCUUCAAUGAGUUUUUUGUGCCUGUGUAAUUGUGAGGUUAUUUAUUAAUAAAUUUAUUGUGUCAAUUUC